UUGGGGCUGGGAGUGGGGUUGGGGUUGGGGUCGGAGCGAGAGCUGCGGUUGCGGGCAGAGGGUCUGGGCGGCGAGGGGAGACCUCACUGUUGGAGAGGGUCAGGCAGAGGGUGAGCCAGAUGUUGGCCUCCAAGAGGGAGAGACCUUCCCAUCGCCGCCCGCACCCACCCACCCUUCCUCGGCUACACCCCGAGCCCCCGACCAACACCGCCCGGGACCCCAGCGAUCGGACCCCCAGACAAGGCGACACCAGCUCAGCAGCCCCCGGGGAGCGGGAGAGGGGUUUGGGGACAUCCAGGAACCCUCAGCCCAGUUUGGGGGCCGCUCAGUGGGUCAGCACCAGCGCAAAGCCCCCACCCGCCCUCUCCUCCAGCCCAACCUUGGGGGGUAACCCCGUCAGGCAGCCGGGGCCAGCGAGCGAGGGCGAGGGGGAGAGGCCGGGUGACCCCCCUGACCCCAUCCCCAAGCCCCCCCAAGCCAAGGGCGGCCAGAGAGACCGCAACUCCACCAGGGGGGGCAAACGCGGAGGCAGGAAGCGCAAGCGGGGGCAAAAGAGGAACCGAAAGGACAGGAGGAAGAAAGAGAAGCGGAGAGGCGACCCCCCCGGCCCCCCACCCAGCCAGGACCUGCAGGGGUUUCUGAGACACUUUCAGAACAAGAGGCGAUUGCUAAUUAUCACGGCACCGGGCAGGGAGACAGAGCACCAUGUCCGGCAGAGAGACCUGUACCUGGAGCACGUGUGUGAGCUGGCCUUGCGCAAGGUCAGUGUGGUGUCCAUCCUGGGCUCCAUCUCCAACAGCAACCUCAGCGUGGAGACCUACCAGCUCGAGAAGGAGGCGCCCUUCAGGUCUGUGUCUACCGACUCGCUGAGCCCCGCCCUCCCCGCACAGCUCCGAGAACACUACGGCAUGACGUUUAACGAGUUCUUUAUGGUCCUAACAGACUAUGAUAUGAAAAUCAAGGUGAGAGGUUAG